UUAUAAUGUAACAAUUUAGGCGCUACGGUGUAACCAAUAAAGUCUCGGCGGCGAUAAUAACUGAGCGCAUCUGCUCGCCGCACUCUCCUCCUGCCGCUUCGCCGUGGAUGGGAGAGAAGAGCCACCUCGGACAUCAAAUGACAUUUUGUAACGGAGGCGCCGCUAGAGGGAACGGGACUGACUCAUAACACAUUCAUAUGAGGCUGAUGUAUGUGCCCGGUGAGGAGACCACAGUCCUCAGGAGCCUCGCAGCGCCUCCCCUCCACCUCCUCCACCGCCACCUUCUCUUCCUUUCUCGAGAGGCAUGCCUUCUGAACCCAGUCACAGCAGUGGGGAGAUGCUGACAGGACAGAGGCUCUGCCAGUCAAAGUCCCACCAGGACUCGGUCCUGUCUGCCCUCAACCAGCAGAGGACGGACGGCCUGCUGUGCGACGUCACCCUGGUUGCUGGUGAACAAAAGUUCCACGCCCACAAAGCUGUCCUUGCAGCCUGCAGCGAUUACUUCAGGGCCAUGUUCAGCUUGUGCAUGGUGGAGAGCGAGGCGGACGAAGUGACUCUGCAAGGAGUGACCAGCGUCGGACUGAAGCACGCUUUAGACUUCGCCUACACUGGACAGAUUCUGCUGGAGCCGGCGGUGAUCCAGGACGUCCUGUCUGCAGGCAGCCACCUUCAGCUGCUGGAGCUCCUCAGCCUCUGCUCGCACUACCUCAUCCAGGAGCUGAGCAGCGUGAACUACCUGGAGCUGUACCGCGUGGCUGACCUGUUCCACCUCCCCGCCUUAGAGGAGGCCGUGGUGGGAUUCCUGGUGGAGCAUCUGUCGGAGCUGAGCCAGAGCCGACAGGACGAGGCCUUGCAGCUGCCCUAUCGCCUCCUCAGGGAGGUGCUGAAGAGCGAUCGUCUCACCUCCCUGAGUGAAGAGGAGAUAUGGAAGCUGGUCGUUCUGUGGUUGGAACACGACUGUCGCUACCAGUACACCGAAGACCUCCUCCAGCACGUCCGCUACGGCUUGAUGGAGGUCGCCACCCUCCAUCACCUCGCCAGGAGCCACCCUCUGGUGCAGUCCAGCCCCACCGCUGCCGCCCUGGUGGAUGAGGCCCUCGACUACCACCACGCCACCUUCGCCCAGCCCCUCCGGCAGUCGGCGCGCACCAGGCCCCGCUUCCAGUCCCUCACCCUUUACAUAGUCGGCGGGCGGAAGCGGGAGGUGAGCCGGGUCCGGGAGCUGCGCUACUUCAACCCGGCCGCGCAGGAUCACGUGCGCGUGGCGGGAGGGUCGAACUGGAGCGAGCUGGCGCCCAUGCCCACGGGGCGCAGCCACCACUGCGUGGCCGUGAUGGGGAAUUUCUUAUUCGUCGUGGGCGGCGAGGUGGAGCACGCCACUGGGAGGACGUGUGCGGUAAGGACUGCUUGUAGAUAUGACCCCAGGGGAAACCGGUGGACUGAGAUUGCGCCCAUGAAGGCGUGCAGGGAACACUUUGUCCUGGGAGCGCUGGGUCAGUACCUGUACGCAGUGGGUGGCAGGAAUGAGCUGAGGCAGGUGCUGCCCUCUGUGGAGCGCUACUGCCCCAAGAGGAACAAAUGGAUGUUUGUCCAGCCCUUCGACCGGUCACUGUCCUGCCACGCCGGCUGUGUGGCUGACGAUCUGCUCUGGAUCUCAGGAGGGGUGACAAACACUGCUCAGUACCAAAAUCGGUUGAUGGUCUACGACCCGGAACAGGACCAGUGGUUGGCCCGCAGUCCCAUGAUGCAGAGGCGCGUGUACCACGUGAUGGCGGCGGUGAGGAGGCAGCUCUACGUGCUCGGCGGGAACGACUUGGAUUACAACAACGACCGCAUCCUGGUCCGCCACAUCGACUCCUACAACAUGGACCUGGACACGUGGACGCGCUGCUCCUUCAGCCUCCUCACAGGUCAGAACGAGUCGGGAGUAGCUGUCCAUGAUGACAGGAUCUACGUGGUUGGAGGAUACUCCAUUUGGACCAACGAGCCGCUGGCAUGCAUUCAGGUGCUGGAUCUGAGCGCAGAGGGGAAAGAGGAGGUUUUCUACGGACCGACACUGCCAUUCGCCUCCAACGGGAUAGCAACCUGUUUCCUCCCCGCUCCUUACUUCACCUGCCCAAACCUGCAGACUCUACAAGUACCCCAUCACAGGAUAGGUGCCGUUUAAGCCGCUGAAACGUCUGCAGCGGACAGCAAACACAACGGAACUUUACUGAAUCACAAGAGCCAUGUUAUUCUUUCAGCUUCUACGGAACGAGCUGCUGACGAAGUAAAACGCCGCAUUUGAUAUAUUUCCCCAAAGACUGAUUCAUCACUUCAGUGAGGAAGUUAGGAAAACAACACCGGAAUGAAGACACAGGGACAAAACGUCAAUGGACGUUGUGGAACUACUCA